CUAAAAGAAGUAUCCAAUGAGUUUCCGAAAAUAGUCCGACGACAGAUGGGGAUUCUCUCCCUCUUCCGCGAAGGCUUUAACGCCUACCUCCCUUCCCCAACAACCUCUCACUCUCGCAAUCGAAGCAGCCGAAUAAUGCCUUCUUCUAAUUAUGAUUCUGCUUCUCCUUCUUGUUCUUCCUCUGCACGUACUUGGCAAAAACAACGCAGCGCCGACAAUUUCUUAAACGAACCAGAACCAGAAGAUUGUCUCGCCCAGCGGCGGCUCACGCGGCAGAGGAAGCUCCGCUACGUCAGCAACCACGAGCUCGGCCUCAGCAGCCGCUUGAACGAUCAGCGUUCUCGCUCCUCCCCUGCCUCGCCUGACUCCGCUAGGAAAUCGAGGUCUCCUUGUGGGCCCGACCAUUGGUCCUUCUCCGCUCUCCCACAUCCUUUGCCGCUUCCUAAACCUGAUUCUCCGCUUGACAGGAAAAGGACGGAUCAAACAACGAAAAUCUCAAGCAAAUUAUGUCAGAGGAGGUUCUCUCAGGAUUCAAAUGUGGGAACUCUUCUUCAUGACAGCUUGGGGCCGAAUAACAAUGUUUCGGCCAAGAACACUGCGAUUCCGAUUUCGAGUUCUCCGAUUUGUCCUUUAAGACUAAACGCCGGGGACAUCAUUUUGCCUUCUUCUCAUGCCGUUAGUAAUAAUUACUCAUACCAUUUUUGUGCUCCAAAUUGCCGUGCACAGGAGGAGCCAAAACCAGUCAAGCCUCUUAACUUGAGGACGAGUGUUCUUUCCAAGAGUGCUCCAACAAGCGUCUUCUCGAGCCCCGCCGUUAGCCCGCGAGGUGAUACGUCUCCUCUGCUCUUGGCACCUCAACAGUUUCGUGAUCUCAACGUUCAUAAGGCGAAAAUCCUGCUCAGUGCGAAGAAUUCUCCAGUGCAUAGCCCCAUAAACAGAAACGUACUGCACAAUCAAAGCAAAAAUCCUAAGGGAAUUUCGUUUCCCUUCCAUAAUACAUCACUGGUAGAGACGAGUAAUGCGGAGAGGCCCGAAAGUAACUCUCAUGUCAAUGCCCAUCCAUUGCCUCUUCCUCCGGGGGCUAAUGUUGCAUCACAACCUCUUGCCCUUCAUCAUAACGUGGAACCUCUAAGUGUGCCAUCAAUGAAAAGCCAAUGGCAGAAAGGGAAACUCAUCGGUCGCGGCACAUUUGGUAGUGUUUAUCUUGGAACCAACAGAGAGACUGGGGCCUUAUGUGCUAUGAAGGAAGUUGAUCUUAUUCCUGAUGAUCCUAAAUCUGCUGAAUGCAUAAAGCAAUUAGAGCAGGAAAUUAAAGUUCUGCGUCAAUUAAAGCAUCCAAACAUUGUCCAAUAUUAUGGGAGUGAAAUAGUUGAUGACCACUUUUACAUAUAUUUAGAGUAUGUUUAUCCUGGAUCAAUCAGCAAAUAUGUUCAUGAACAUUGUGGAGCUGUCACAGAAUCCGUUGUUCGCAAUUUCACCCGUCAUAUCCUGUCUGGACUGGCUUAUUUGCACAGCACGAAGACAAUCCAUAGGGAUAUCAAAGGCGCAAAUUUGCUUGUUGAUGCUUCAGGCGUGGUUAAGCUUGCUGAUUUCGGAAUGGCAAAACAUCUUUCGGGACUAUCGUGUAAUCUUUCUUUGAAGGGGAGUCCAUACUGGAUGGCUCCAGAGGUCAUAAAAGCUGUGCUGCAGAAGAGCACCAAUCCUGAUCUUGCCUUGGCCAUUGACAUAUGGAGCUUAGGUUGUACCAUCAUCGAGAUGCUGAAUGGCAGACCUCCUUGGUGUGAGUUUACAGGGCCUCAAGCUAUGUUCAAGGUGUUGAACAAAACACCACCUAUACCAGAAACAUUGUCACCAGAGGGAAAGGAUUUCCUGAAUUGUUGUUUCCGGCGAAACCCAGCGGAGCGUCCAUCAGCUGCUAUACUACUCGACCAUCCUUUUAUUCGGAAUUCGCACGACCACAAUGUAGCAGCCGCAACACACAAUUUCUCUACAAUGAACCUAAUGGAUAAAGUGCACGCUCGAAGAGACCGCGACAAACAUAAAAUCAAUUUCUUGUCGAUCUCUCCACGCCCAAGGACAGGCACCACAAGUGGAAGUAUGCCAUAUUUUGGCAACACCGUUUCCUCUUGGACACUUGCAUAAUCAAAAUCGAAAUAACUAUAAUCUGAAAUCCUACUCCUCUAAAAGAGGCAACAAAGUUUAGCGUCCCCACAAGAAAAUGGUACUUUUUACAAAGAAAGACCUCUUGAUGCUGUGAAGUUAACAAAAAUUGCAUUGCUCUUGAUAAGGGAAGCCAUUUGCAUAGCUCCUGCUAUGGAACGAAACUAAAAGUCGAUUGUAAGGGAAGCAAGUGUUCUGCCUUAUGCUUCCAGUUGUCUAAUAAACUCAUACUUGACCUGUAGAAGAUUAAUAUGUACUAUGAACGAAAGACGCUGUACAUAUAUAAUUUUUUGUAGAUAUUAAGGGCCCGGUUGGUUCCGAUUAAAUUUGUUCACGCUAAUUAAGCCUUGCGUAGGUGCCUUCGCAGUUGAGUACUUGUGUUUUCGCAGUGUCUUCUAGAUCGUUGCGUUUUC